AUGCUAACAGAGGAGUGCAAUGCCAUAAUUCAGAUAAAGCUCCUACCGAAAUUGAAAGAUCCAGGAAGUUUUAUUGUUCCUUGCAAUAUUGGUGAAGUUUAUUUUGAAAAGGCUUUAUGUGAUCUUGGUACAAGUAUUAAUUUAAUGCCUCUAUUUGUUUUCAAGAAACUUGGCUUGGGAGAGGCUAAAGUAACUACAGUGAUACUGCAACUAGCUGAUCAGUCAUUGACACAACCUAGGGGAAUAAUAGAAGUCGUGCUUGUCAAAGUUGAAAAAUCCAUAUUCCCAGCAGAUUUCCUAAUCUUAGACAUGGAGGAAGACAAGGACAUCCCAUUGAUACCUGGUAGACCGUUCUUGGCAACAAGUAGAGCUGUGAUCAAUGUUCAGAAUGGGCAAUUGAUUCUGAGACUAGGAGAAGAGCAGAUCUCGUUUAAUGUCUUCAAGACAAUGAAACUACCUACAGAGUCAGACAGAUGCUUCCAAAUAGAUGUGAUUGACAAGGCAAAAUGCAUUUUGAAGAGCUUGGGACAAGACCCACGAAAACACUACCUUCCAUUAGCAGUCACCGAAAUUAGAACUCAAAUAGCUACCACCACAUCUCAGAUAUGCUUACUUGGGGGAGUCUUGUGCACUCCCUAUCAUCAUCUCAAACACAGUCAGUGA